AUGGCUAGAGAAAUCAUUACUCUGCAACUAGGACAUUAUUCUAAUUAUGUCGGGGCUCAUUGGUGGAACUUACAGGAAUCUGGAUUUUCGUAUGACCCGAGUAAACCAAGUGAAAUAAAUCAUGAUAAAGAAGUAACAUUUACACCACGACUCUUAGCUGUGGACUUGAAAGGGUCUCUAGGAUAUUUGAAUGAACGAGGAUCUCUAUACGACGAUCCGAAGAAUGUUCAAGAUCAUACAUGUCUAUGGGAUGAUAGCAAAGUAGAAGUCACUGCAGAAGAGCCUGUUCCAGUUGCUCCAUUUGUUCAGAGUCUUCAGAAUGGCUCAGAACAGCAAAAUGAAUCAGAUGAUAAGUUUGAUCUUGAGAACAUCAAAACUUGGACUGAUUAUUUGACUCCGCGGUUUCAUCCAAGGACUAUUAAUGUUAUUAAGGAUUAUAAUCAUGAGUGUACUAAGAAACCUUUUGAUGUAUUUAAUUAUGGGUAUAAUUUAUGGAAAGAAGAACAAUAUACUGAUGACUUUUCUGAUAGAAUAAGACAGUAUGCUGAAGAAUGUGAUUCUCUGCAAGGAUUUCAGGUAUUAAUGGAUUCAACUGAUGGAUUCAGUGGGCUUGGAUCAGCUUGUAUUGAAUAUUUACAAGAAGAAUACGGAAAAAGUAUUUUAGCUUUUCCUUUAAUCGAAAGUGGCUCCAAUGAAAUGUCAGCAGCGAGUUUGAUAAAAGUAGUAAAUAUCGCACUGUGCUGGGAAAAACUUGGUGAACAUGCAUCCGUAUUCAGUCCUCUGUCUUGUGGAGAACAAGGAUGGCCUUGUCCAGGCUUGCCCCGUAAAUUCGACAACCUAACAUACGACCUGGACCAGAAAUACCACACAAGCGCGAUACUUGCAACUGCACUAGAUACUUUGAGUAUCCGAUACCGUCACAAAGAGUUCAGUAUGUCAGAUUUAUCAGACUUGUGCGCAGAUUUAAAUAAACUAGGACGCAAAGCCGCGGCUACGAGUCUCAAUUUACCAUUUCCGAUGACCGUUAAAAAAGAUUUGAUUGACGUGUUGGACGACCUAGAAGGACCACUUUGGACAAGUCUUUCACCCAGUUGUAAAAUAUUUCCAGAUAAAAGUAUGCACAGCCUGGCUCUUCGUGGUGUUAAUGAAGCACGCCUCAAGAGACCACUUGCUGAAGCUAAAAAACAAAUGGAGAAACCAGCUUAUCGGUGCUCAACUGUCCACGAAAUGAUGACUAUGUAUCUUGCGUACUCUUGUCAUACUUCUGCUUGUUAUUUGACGACUGUUGAAGCACCUCUUAAAGUCUCUAAGCCAUUCCCAAGGAUUUUUAAUAACAAUAUCCAUGCAAAUGGCGAUAUCGCUGACUGGCCUGUUGGUCAAGAUGUUAAAUCUGUUCCUGUGCUCGCUGGGCUCCACAGUGGCUCUGGAUUAGCGUUUAUGUUCAAUUCAUUGCACACCCAAGCUUCAAGAGUCAAAAGUAUCAGGAGAUUUCAUAUGUUUGAAGAUACUGGUCUUGAACAGGAUGAUUUUAUUCAUUGCUUGGAUUCUUUACUUGAUAGUAAAGAAUCUUAUGAAGAUCAUUUUCUUUAA